AUGGCCGGGCAGUCCAAGGUAGAGACUCUACCGCCAUGGGGUAACGCUGUCGCAGGCGCCGCCGGUGCUGUCAUCGCGAACACGCUCGUCUAUCCCCUGGACUUGAUCAAGACGCGGCUACAGGUCCAGGUCAAGCGCUCCCCCAACUCGAACGAUGCCAAUCCCGCCGAUGGCGAACACUACGAUGGUGCGCUCGACGCGCUGCAAAAAGUCUUUGCAGAAGAGGGUUUGGCUGGACUGUAUGCUGGCAUAGGAGGCUCUCUGCUCGGUGUAGCAUCGACCAACUUCGCCUACUUCUACUGGUAUACUGUUGUACGAAGUCUCUACAUGGCGAACCGCACGCUCCAAGCAUCACCGAGUACCCCAGUCGAACUCUCUCUGGGAGCGCUUGCGGGAGCGCUCGCCCAGCUCUUCACAAUUCCAGUCGCCGUCGUAACGACGAGGCAACAGACCAUGAGCAAGGCAGAGCGCAAGGGAAUGAUCGCUACGGCUAUGGACGUGGUCAAUGGCGAAGAUGGCUGGACUGGUCUCUGGAGAGGUCUCAGGGCUAGUCUGGUGCUUGUGGUCAACCCUUCCAUCACAUACGGAGCUUAUCAGCGAUUACGGGAGGUCUUGUACCCGGGGAAGAAGACGCUGAAGCCCCUAGAGGCGUUCCUCAUCGGGGCUCUUUCUAAGACUCUUGCCACAAUCGCAACACAACCCCUUAUCGUCGCAAAAGUCGGGCUUCAAUCAAAACCCCCGCCAGCCAGGAAUGGCAAGCCUUUCAAGUCCUUCACCGAAGUUAUGCAAUACAUCAUACAACACGAAGGUCCUGCAGCACUCUUCAAGGGUAUCGGACCCCAGAUCCUCAAGGGUCUGCUCGUCCAAGGUUUCCUCAUGAUGACCAAAGAGCGUAUCGAGCUAUCCUUUAUUCUCCUCUUCCGAUACUUCCGCCAAGUACGCGCCGAAAAACUGCAAAAGCUUGCAAACAUCGCAGCAGAAAAAGCCGGAAAGGCGGCGCCGAUCCUUGCCAAGUAG